AUGGGAAAUGCCGCUGAACCUGAAUCAUCACAAACUUAUGAUGUGUCUACUCCUACUGCUAUUGCCAAUAUAUUCAAUCGCUACUUCACAUCAUUGUUCAACAAUGAUCAUGAUAACCUAGACGAACGUUCCUCUCCACCAUCAUCUCCACCUUCAACGUCAGGACAGUCAUACCUCCAACUAACAAUAGAAGAAGUCGCAAGAACACUCUUAGCGCUAGACACCACCAAGGUUACUGGACCUGACGCAAUACCAUCUCGACUUUUAAAAGAAACUGCGUGGCAGAUUGCACCUUCCCUCACCCAAAUAUUCAACAAGUCGUUAAGCUGUGGCGAAAUACCUGAUGAAUGGAUAUUGGCAAACAUUGUUCCGGUACACAAAAAAGGCGAAAGGAGCCAAGUAGAGAACUAUAGACCUAUCUCCCUUCUUUCCAUAAUAUCGAAAGUACUAGAACAUUGUGUCCUGAGAAAUAUACAUGAUCAUUUGCUGCAAUUAAUCAAUGAUAGCCAACAUGGUUUUAUUCCCGGAAAGUCGUGUACAACUCAGCUAUUAGAGGUUCUUGACUAUAUUGGUUCACUUCUGGACGGUGGCAAGCAAACUGAUGUAGUCUACAUGGACAUGUCCAAGGCAUUCGACAAAGUCCACCAUAAAUAUCUAAUAAGCAAAUUAAGGAACGUCUAUGGCAUCUCUGGUAAACUCCUUCGCUGGUUUGAGUCAUAUCUGAUAAAUCGCAAGCAACGUGUGACUGUGCUAGGAGCUACAUCCUCCGCGAGACCUGUCCUGUCAGGAGUUCCACAGGGUUCAAUAUUAG